CAGGCGCCGUUCAUUGGAAGAGCGCAGCGGUCGUGAGGUUCUGCUGCCUGAGCUCACCAGCUGAUCACCUGACACCGUCUGACCUCUGACCUCUGGAGGAGCCAUGAGCCAUCAGAACUCUGUUGGUCCUGGUGCCGUCAGUCUGUCUGCAGCUGCUGCUCCUCAGUGCCACAGCGACGAGGAAGACGAGGACCUGAACAAGGCCUUUGAUCUUCAGGGUUUCCAGCAGAUCCUCUGUCCUGCAGCUCGCAGUCCGCCAGAGAAACGCAGAGUCUUUGAUGAGCAGGACUUUGAAGAUCACCGCCACUUUUCUCUGCACGUCCAUCACCCUCUGUCCAAACCGCCCCCUGACAGCAGGAGGAAGAGGACCAAUGAGGGGAGGAAGGAGGGGAGGCGAGGCUCUGCCCCCAACACUGCAGCCACCAUAGAAGAAGACCAAGAGGACGAGGAGGGCUGCAGCCAGAUCGAUGGAGAGGACGCACGGACCACCUCCAGUGACCCGUCCACCAUAUCGUCCAAUCACAACGGCCUUUCUCCUGGCUGCAUCAUGGCGAGUGUUGCCGCUGAUGACGCCGACGAGGAUGAAACGCUGAUGUCUGUCGACCUGGACGGCAUCAAGAGUCACCGUCUGGAUGAUGUCCCGGCGGUGCGGCGCCACCUGGUGAGGCGGAGCUCUAGAGGACCGCUGGUCCACGCCACCAAAGAUCAGAUCAGGACGCCGUCACAGCUGCAGCACCUGCAGCCAGACCGCACGCCGCAUGAGGUGUUUGUGGAGCUGAACGAGCUGGUGAUCGACAGGAACCAGGAGCUGCAGUGGAGGGAGACGGCUCGAUGGAUCAAGUUCGAGGAGGAGGUGGAGGAGGAGACGGAGCGCUGGGGGAGGCCGCACGUCGCCUCGCUGUCCUUCCGUUCGCUGCUCGAGCUGCGGAGGACCAUCUCCCACGGGGCGGUGCUCCUGGACCUGAAGCAGCGGACUCUGCCGGGGAUUGCUCAGCAGGUGGUGGAGCAGAUGGUGAUCUCAGACCAGAUCAAAGCCCAAGACCGGGCCAACGUCCUGAGAGCCCUGCUGCUCAGACACAGUCACCCCAGUGAUGAAAAGGAUCACAGCUCCUUCAGUAAGAACAUCUCUGCAGCCAACAUGGCCGCCCUGAUGGACAGACACAACGGCCAAUCAGAGCCCUCCAUCACUCCAACAAAUCACACGGAGGCUGACGGAGAGAAGAACAAGCAGAAAGAAGCCCCGCCCCUCAGCCACUCCCGAUCCAAACACGAGGUGAAGCUGAUGGAGAAGAUCCCGGAGAGGGCUGAGGCCACCGUGGUGCUUGUGGGCAGCGUGGGCUUCCUGGAGCAGCCAUCCGUGGCGUUCGUGCGGCUGCAGGAGGCGGUGUUGCUGGAGUCUGUCCUGGAGGUUCCCGUCCCCGUCAGGUUCCUGUUCCUGCUGCUGGGCCCGCCAACCGCCAACGUCGACUACCAUCAGAUCGGACGCUCCAUCUCCACGCUGAUGUCCGAUAAGCACUUUCACGAGGCGGCGUACCAGGCUGACGACCGCCACGACCUGCUGACUGCCAUCAACCGCUUCCUGGACUGCAGCAUUGUGCUGCCGCCCUCCGACGUCGGCGGCGACGAGCUGCUCCACUCGGUCGCUCGCUUCCAGAGAGAAAUGCUCCGAAAGAGAGAGGAGGAGCAGAGCGGCAAGCUGAUGGAGAAACAGAGCAGCACUCAGCAGGACCAAGACUCCCUCGUCCCCUGUAAACCCGGAGACGAGCCUCUAAGGCGCUCAGGCCGUCUGUUCGGAGGUCUGAUCAAAGACGUGACUCGGCGCUACCCGCAGUACCUUAGCGACAUCCGGGACGCUCUGAACCCUCAGUGCAUGGCUGCCAUUAUCUUCAUCUACUUCGCCGCACUGUCGCCCGCCAUCACCUUCGGGGGACUCCUUGGCGAGAAGACAGAGGGUCUGAUCGGUGUGUCGGAGCUGAUCGUUGCCACAGCGAUGCAGGGCGUGGUGUUCAGCGUGCUCGGGGCUCAGCCGCUGCUGGUGAUCGGCUUCUCCGGACCGCUGCUGGUGUUUGAAGAGGCCUUCUACACCUUCUGUAAGGAGAACGGGAUAGAGUACCUGACGGGCCGGGUCUGGAUCGGGUUCUGGCUGGUGCUCAUUGUGCUCCUCACCGUGGCCUUCGAGGGAAGCAUCCUGGUCCGCUUCGUGUCCCGAUUCACCCAGGAGAUCUUCUCCUUCCUCAUCUCCCUCAUCUUCAUCUACGAGACCUUCGCCAAGCUCAUCAAGAUCUUUCAGGAGCAUCCUCUCCAGAACUGUCUCCGUGGAAACAACACAGUGUCUCUGGCGCUGUGCAACUUCACUGCAGCAGCCGGGGAUUCUGGGAAGGUUGUUGGAGAACCGAACACCGCUCUGCUGUCGUUCGUUCUCAUGGUGGGAACAUACUUCAUCGCCUUCUACCUGCGCAAGUUCAAGAACAGCUCCUUUUUCCCCGGCAGGCUCCGUCGGAUCAUUGGAGACUUCGGCGUCCCCAUCGCGAUCCUGCUGAUGGUGCUGGUGGACUACAGCGUGGAGGACACCUACACACAGAAACUGAACGUGCCUAGUGGAUUCUCGGUGUCCACUCCGGAGAAGCGGGGCUGGCUGAUCUCUCCUCUGGGCUCAGACGGACAGUUUCCUGUCUGGAUGAUGGCCGCCAGCAUCCUGCCGGCCAUCCUCGUCUUCAUCCUCAUCUUCAUGGAGUCUCAGAUCACAGCGCUGAUCGUCAGUAAGAAGGAGCGGAUGCUGGUGAAGGGAACUGGCUUCCACCUGGACCUGCUCAUCAUCGUGGUGGUGGGCGGAGUCUCUGCGCUGUUCGGGUUACCGUGGUUAUCGGCUGCCACUGUGCGCUCCGUCACCCACACCAACGCCCUCACCGUCAUGAGCAAAGCUGUCGCCCCCGGAGACAAGCCUCGCAUCCAGGAGGUCAAGGAGCAGCGGGUGACCGGCUUCCUGGUGGCGGUUUUAGUUGGUCUGUCCAUUGUGAUCGGGGACGUCCUGCGUCAGAUCCCCCUCGCCGUGCUGUUCGGGAUCUUCCUCUACAUGGGUGUGAUGUCACUGAAUGGGAUCCAGCUGACGGAGCGCCUCAUCAUGCUGCUGAUGCCCCCAAAGUACCACCCCGACCACAACUACGUCCGCAAGGUGAGGACAUUAAGGAUGCACCUGUUCACUGUGGUGCAGCUCACGUGUCUGUCUCUCCUCUGGGUGGUCAUGGCGACAGCGGCGGCACUGGCGUUCCCGUUUAUGCUGCUGCUGACCAUCCCCGUGAGGAUGCUGCUGCUGCCGCGACUCUUCACCCGCCGAGAGCUGCAGAGUCUGGACGCUGACGAUGCGGAGCCUCACCUGGAGGAGAAGGAGGGGCAGGACGAGUACUCACAGCUGCAGAUGCCCGUGUGACCCGGCAGCAGCCUCCUGAUUGGUCGCUCCUCCUCCCUCAUUAGCAUAUCUGGCGUGCAUCCUGCUGCAGCGCCAGGCGGUGGACUGAGCUUCUGAAAUCCUGUUUUUAUAAAUCUGAUGCGUAUUUCCUGUGUGGGAGUGGGUUUGUUUUAAAGAUCUCACUAACUGAAACGUCUCUCAUGUUUUCUCUCUGUCAUUAAAAGCACAUUUUAGC